AUGAUUAUAUUUAUUUCGAAUUGGUUUUUCAUUUUGUUUUUGUUAUGUAUUUUUCAAAUUAAUUUGAUUUCGACAACUCAUCUUCCUAAUUAUCAAUUCACCAGAACAAACAAUAAUGAUUUAUAUACAUGUCUUUCAACAUUAUUACCAUUGUCAGUACGUACUAUUUAUCCAUGUAGUACUAUAGCAAAUCAGAACAGUUUUCAAUAUGAAUGUGUUCAUUUUAAUAUUACUAAUUUAUCUGCUAUUCAUGGUGGUCGAAUUUCUCGUUCACCAGCUGUUAUUGUGUAUGUAACAGACAGUAGUGAUGUACAAAAUGUGCUAGUAUGUGCAACAAAUUUAAACUAUGUUGUGAAUGCAUUAAGUGGAGGUCAUAGUUAUGAAGGUUAUGGAUUAGGUUCAACAUAUAAUAAUAUUAUAAUUAAUAUGGAAGGAAUUAAUUAUAUAAAUAUUAAUCAACAUGAUAGAACUGGGACAUUUGGAGCUGGUGCAAGACUUGGUCCAAUCUAUUAUGAAGCAUAUCAAUCUGAUAACUAUACAAUUAACGCUGGAGUUUGUCCAUGGGUAGGACUUGCUGGUCAUGCACUUGGUGGUGGACAUGGGCUACUUUCUCGGCGACAUGGAUUAUUAUCUGAUAAUGUUUUGGAAAUGAAAGCAGUUAAUGCUCAAGGACAACGUGCUUAUGCUUGUGAAACAUGUGAAAGAAUGGAUUAUUUUAUUAGAACGACUAUCAAUAAGCAUUUACCUACUGCUGGAGUUCAGUUCAAUCAGUUACCAUUUCUAGCAGAAUCCAGUUGUUCUGAUAAUGAAGAUGUAGCAAGCCUAUCUAAUAUUCAAUUUCAACCAAUAUUUAUAACAGGAAUUCAUCGUUCAGGAACUACACUAUUAUAUGAACAAUUAUGCAAAAUAUUACCAGUAGCCUAUGUUACACCUUAUUCUAUACUGUAUUAUAAUCAUUUGAUAGAAGCUGAAGAUAAUGGUCAAACAUCAGUAUAUAUAAAUGCAUUACACAAAUAUUUUCAGUUAUUAGGUAUUCGAAAUAGAUUCAUUGAUACUACUCCAGUCUCAGCAUUAAAUCCAUCAGAAGAAUAUUGCUUUGUGAUCGGUCGACAAAGAAAUGGAGGAUUAUCAACAUCAUUACCGUUUACCAAAAAUUUUCCCACUUUAACUUCUAAAUCACAUAAAACGUUUGAUAAUUUAUGUCGGAAAUUAAUUUAUAUACAAAAGCCUAAAUCAAAUAUUGUAUUACUGAAAAAUCCAUGGGAUUAUGGGAAUGAAGCUGAAAUACUUAAACUUUAUCCAAAUGCUAAAUUUAUUCAUAUACUUAGGAACCCGUUAGAAGUUAUUAAUUCACUAUAUUUAGCUAUGUCUCAUUAUGCAAAUGGAAUUCAGUUCGAUCCUUAUGUGUGGACAAUAGGAGCUCCUUCAUUCAAAUCAUUCAUUUGUACAGAAAGAUUUAUUUCCAGUUUAAUUGGAACAAAGAAAGCUAAAAAACGAACGUUUAAUAAGGCUAAGAAUAUGUAUUUAAAUAAUGCAUCUAUUGGAUUUAAUUCAAUCCAAUCAUUGCCAAGUAAUAAAGUGUAUACAACAACUUAUUCCAAUUUGAUUGAAAAUCCAAUUGAACAAUUAGGUUUAAUAUGUCAGUUUAUUGGAAUUCAAGUAUGUCAAGAACAAUUAUCUAAGCAUAAUUGUGUUAAAAAACCGUUUAAACCUAGUGAUAUUCUAGAAGAAAACAGACAAUCAAUUAUUGAACAAUUAAAUAAAAGAAACUUAUCAACAAAUUAUUAA